GCAAUAAAAUUUCGUAGUGGGCGGACGUAAACAUGUCUUCAUCGGAUGACGAUUUUUUGCUACUUGCCACUGCAGUAGUUUUAUUAGAAAAAAAGAAAAAAAAAAGAAAGACUAAAAAGAAAAAGUUGUGGAUGAAAAGUUUAUAUACAACGUGCAAAGUUUACACACGAAAACCUUUUAAGCGAACUUAAAAUAUCAUGCAAAGAGGAAUAUAAAAAUUUUUUAAGAAUGGAUUCUGCUGCAUUUGAUGAACUUUUGUGCCUUAUUACGCCAUUAAUUGAAAAAGAAGACACACAGCUACGAAAAGCAAUAACACCCAGUAUGCGAUUGUCAGCCACAUUACGAUACUUAGCGACUGGACAAAAAUUUGAGGACCUGAAGUUCUUAACAGCGAUUUCUCCAAGAUCCCUUGGGAGAAUUGUUAUUGAAACUUGUGAGGCUAUUAUUUCAUGCCUCUCCAAUUAUAUUAGGGUGCCGCAAUCCGAAGAAGAGUGGAAAGCGAUAGCGGAUAGGUUCAGUGAUGAUUGGAAUUUUCCAAAUUGCAUUGGUGCUAUAGAUGGCAAGUACAUUGCAAUCAAAAAACCACCUGCCUCUGGCUCACAUUAUUACAACUACAAAAAAUUUCAUAGCAUUGUACUAAUGGCAGUUGUAAAUGCUAACUACGAAUUCAUUGUUGCAGAUGUUGGUAACGG